GCCGGGGCAGAACUCCUGCCUCUUCCCUCCUUUCCUUCCUUCAGCCUCUCCGCUCCGCUCUCGGGAGCAGCGGAGCUCGUUUUCCCUUCCCAAUGGCCCCACCUCGCUUGGCGUUUCUGCUCCUUCUGGCUUGCUGCUUCUCCUGCUCCGAGCCACAGCUUCUGGACUGGGUUUGGGACAGCACAAAGACCGCAGGAAGCCCAGCAGCACCCGGCAAGGGAAUCCCGGCGUCCGAGCCGCCAACCUCAGCAGCAGCUCCGACUCCCAGCCCGUCCACGGUAACGUGGGGUGGCGAGGUGGCAGGGAAUGUCACCACCCCAGGGCGGCAGGAGCCAGAUCCUGUCACACCAGCGCCUGUGGGUGAGGGAACCACUGCCAAAACCACGGAGCAGUGGGACAGGAGUGCCACAGGGCCGCUGGAGAGCACGACACGGCCAAGCAUCGCUCCUGCCCACAGCAUGGCACCUGCCGCGGGUCAGCAGGCAGCCAGCAGCCCCAGCAACGAGCCCCAGCUCCUGGGGACAGGGAACAUCAAGGACCUGCAGCUCCUGGGCUCAGAGACCUCUAAGGACCCUCCCCCCUUAUGGUCAAGGACCACCGAAGACCUUCAGCUCCUGGGGACAGGGACCACUGAGCACCUGCAGCUCCUGAGGAUGAGGACCACCAAAGAACCCCAGUUCCUGGGAUCAGUGACCCCCAAGGAGCUCCUGGGGUCAGGGACUACUGAGGACCUGCAGCUGCUGGGGUUGGGCACCACUGAGGACCCACAGCUCCUAGGGAUGAUGAGUGCCAGAGACCUGCAGCUCCUGGUGACAGGGCACACCGAGGACCCACAGCUCCUAAGGACAGGGACCACCGAGGACCCACGGCUCCUGGGCCAGGAGACCACUGAGUUCCUAGGGACAGGAGCUCCUAAAGCAAUUGAGACACAGGUGUCCUUGCAGAGACCAACGGGUCCCCAGACAGAGAGCCUGAGUGCCGAGGUCAGCCUGCUGGAGCUGAUCGGGGACCCACCGACAGAGGAGAUCCACAGAAUUUAUGGCCCCGACAACAACCCUGGCUACGUCUUCGGUCCCAACGCCAACACGGGCCAGGUGGCCCGGUACCACCUGCCCAGCCCUUUCUACCGGGACUUCUCGCUGCUGUUCCACAUCCAGCCCACCACGCCCCGGGCUGGCGUGCUCUUUGCCGUCACGGACUUCUCACAGAGCAUCAUCUACGUGGGCGUCAAGCUCUCGGAGCUGCGGGCGGGCCAGCAGCAGAUUAUCUUCUACUACACGGAGCCCGGCUCGCCCACCUCCUACCCGGCCGCCACCUUCACUGUGCCCACCCUGCUCAACCAGUGGACACGCUUUGCCAUCAGUGUGGAAGAGGAGGAGGUUGUCCUCUACCUGGACUGCGAGGAGCAUGAGCGUGUCCACUUCGAGCGCUCCCCAGAUGAGAUGGAGCUGGAAGAAGGCUCUGGGCUCUUUGUUGCUCAGGCUGGAGGGGCUGACCCAGAUAAAUACCAGGGGGUGAUUGCAGAUUUGAAGCUCCGAGGGGACCCGCGUGCAGCCGAGCGCCAGUGCGAGGAAGAGGAGGAUGAUGCAGAGAUCUCCGGGGAUUUUGGCAGCGGGAUGGAAGGUGGACAGCAGCCUUCUGGCAAGGUCGAGGGUGUCCCAGGGCUGGUGGACGCUGUCCCUGUGACCUCCCCCCCCGUGGCGGGGGGCAGUGGCCCGAGGAGUGGCGGGGGGUCCCCACAGCAGGCCGAGAGGACCAGGGCGGAGGAGACGCUGCGGGUCUCUGCGGGAGGCACCAGCCGGAAAGGUGAAAAGGGGGAGAAGGGGGAACGUGGCUUGAAAGGGGACUCAGGGACCGGUGGCAUCAUAGGUCCAGGCAGUGUCAAGGGUCAAAAGGGGGAGAAAGGAGACCUGGGCGUCAAGGGCAGUGCUGGAUUUGGCUACCCUGGCUCUAAGGGCCAAAAAGGAGAACCAGGUGACCCUGGCCCCCCCGGGACCCUCUCUCGGCACACUGACGGCUCGGUGGUGGAGCAGGUCACCGGCCCCCCAGGGCCACCAGGGAAGGACGGAGCCCCUGGCAGGGACGGUGAGCCUGGAGACCCUGGCGAGGACGGCAAACCUGGUGAAAUGGGGCCCCCGGGAUUCCCUGGGAUGCCAGGGGAGCCAGGCCUGAAGGGGGAGAAGGGUGACCCAGGUGUGGGGCCGAGGGGACCCCCUGGACCACCUGGCCCUCCAGGACCGCCGGCACCCUCCUCCAAGAACGACAAGCUGACCUUCAUUGACAUGGAGGGCUCUGGCUUUGGCGGUGACCUGGAGAGCCUGCGGGGUCCACGAGGGCCACCUGGUCCCCCAGGGCCACCUGGCGUGCCUGGUUUGCCAGGGGAGCCAGGACGGUUUGGGAUGAACCGCACAGACCUGCCGGGACCACCGGGGCUGCCGGGCAGGGAUGGGAUCCCUGGGCCCCCGGGGCCAGUGGGUCCUCAGGGUCCUCCAGGAAGAGACGGGGAGGCAGGGCAGCCAGGGCCCAAAGGAGAGCGGGGCGAUGUCGGUGACCUCGGCCUCCCUGGCCUGCCGGGACCCAAGGGCAGCAAAGGAGAAACGGGACCAGCAGGACCCCCAGGAGAAAUGGGCUUAGCUGGCCUUCCCGGGCCCAUCGGACCCCGAGGGCAGCCAGGGCCCCCCGGCCCCCCGGGACCGCCAGGGCCAGGCUACGAGGCUGGAUUUAGUGACAUGGAGGGCUCGGGGCUGCCAUUCACCCCUGGACCACCUGGACCUGAAGGACCACAGGGUGUGCCAGGACUGCCGGGGAUGAAGGGAGAGGUCGGCAGCCCCGGACAGCCUGGCUUGCCGGGACCAAAGGGAGAUGCUGGCAUGCCUGGUGUGGAUGGCCGCCCUGGCCUGGAGGGCUUCCCCGGACCACAGGGACCCAAAGGUGACAAAGGCAGCACUGGUGAGAAGGGAGAGCGAGGCCAAGAUGGAGUGGGGCUGCCUGGCCCCCCUGGCCCACCUGGUCCCCCUGGACAGAUCAUCACUGUCUCCAGUGAAGAUAAGUCCUUGGUGGCUUUUCCUGGUCCAGAGGGCAGGCCAGGCCACGCUGGCUUCCCGGGUCCGAUGGGACCGAAAGGAGACCGGGGGUCAACUGGUGUCCAGGGUGCUCCAGGGUUGAAGGGGGAGAAGGGGGAGCCCGGGGUCAUCAUCAGCCCCGAUGGGACCAUGGUCACUGCCAAGGUGAAAGGAGAAAAGGGGGAGCCGGGGCCGCGGGGCCCGAUAGGACCAUCGGGUCCCCCGGGACGAGCAGGGAUGAAGGGAGAGAUCGGCUUUCCGGGCAGACCCGGACGUCCUGGCAUGAACGGGCUGAAGGGCGAGAAGGGUGACCCUGCAGACGUGCUGGGCUCACGGGGUCCCCCAGGCCCCCCAGGACCUCCUGGGCCCCCUGGGCCACCUGGCAGCAUAGUCUACAGCAAUGGCAAUACCUUCAGUGACUCCAGCCAUCCAGCGUUCCCCGGUUUCCACCAGGUCCCAGGACAAAAGGGAGAGAAAGGUGACACCGGACCCCCAGGACCCCCAGGCCAGUUCCCCUAUGAUGCAAGUCACUUCGGGACCAGCCUGAGGGGUGACAAGGGGGAUGCAGGUCCCAAGGGUGAGAAGGGCGAGCCGGGCAGCAUCCCACUCUACGGUCCUGGAGUCUCUGGACUUCCAGGGCCUCCAGGGCCCCAGGGAUACCCUGGGCUGCCGGGUCCCAAGGGGGACAGUAUUGUUGGGCCACCGGGGCCUCCAGGACCUCAGGGUCCUCCUGGGAUCGGAUACGAGGGGCGGCAGGGCCCCCCUGGCCCUCCUGGUCCGCCCGGGCCACCCUCCUUCCCAGGUCCCCACAGACAAGCUGUCAGCAUCCCUGGACCCCCUGGACCACCGGGACCCCCUGGACCACCAGGCACCAGCGGGAUGUCCUUGGGGCUCCGGGCCAUACCCACGUACCAGAGGAUGCUGAGCACCUCGCACGAGCUUCCCGAGGGUAGCCUCAUCUUCCUGACGGACCGACAGGAGCUCUAUGUCCGCCUGCGCGGGGGCUUCCGCAGGGUGCUGCUGGAGGAGCACAACCUGAUUCCCAGUUCGGCUCUGGACAACGAGGUGUACGACAAGCCGCCCACCCUCCACUACGCCGGCCCCCAGCCCCGUGGGCCCCUGCACCCUCUCCGCAACCACGUCCCCCCAGCCACUGCCCGUCCCUGGCGUGGGGAUGAGGUGGUGGCCAACCAGCACCGCCUGCCCGAGCAGCCCCUGCUCCACCACCAGCAUGAGCUCAUCAAUGGCUACUACAUCCACCGCCGGCCAGACCCUGCCCCUGUGGCCGCCCACGUGCACCAGGACUUCCAGCCUGCCCUUCACCUGGUGGCCCUGAACACCCCGCUGAGCGGCAGCAUGCGUGGCAUCCGGGGUGCCGAUUUCCAGUGCUUCCAGCAAGCCCGGCAGGUCGGGCUGGCCGGCACCUUCCGUGCCUUCCUGUCCUCGCGCCUGCAGGAUCUCUACAGCAUCGUGCGCAGGGCCGACCGCGCUGCCGUCCCCAUCGUCAACCUCCGGGAUGAAGUACUCUUCAAUAACUGGGAAGCCCUUUUCACGGGGAGCGGGGCCCCGCUGCAAGCUGGCACCCGCAUCCUCUCCUUCGACGGCCGGGAUGUCCUGCGGGAUGCGGGAUGGCCACAGAAGAGUGUCUGGCAUGGCUCGGAUGCCAAGGGCCGGCGCCUGCCCGAGAGUUACUGCGAGACCUGGCGGACAGAGGAACGUGCGGUCACCGGCCAGGCUUCCUCCCUGGCCUCUGGAAAACUCCUGGAGCAGGUGGCCAGCAGCUGCCAGCACUCCUUCAUCGUCCUCUGCAUUGAGAACAGCUUCAUGACUGCCACCAAAAAGUGAUACCUACCUGGCACCUCCUGAGUCCCCCAUGUCCCCGGGGAGGGUCGGGCCAGUCUCAGCCCAGCACCCCUGGGCCCCUCAGCCCCCUCCACGUGCCCGCUCUCACCCCACAGGGUUUCCUUCUCCCACAGACCUGAAGCCAAAGAGUAUUGCCAUGGCCCCUGCCCUGGGUCGGCAGGGGCUCAGGUCUCACUCGGGGCAGGGCAGUCAUGCCCUUCUCCUCCUCUUCUAACUCCUAAUAUUUAACCACUUCAGCUUGUUCCUCUCCCUGCUCGGAUGCUCUUUUUGGGGUGACUGGGUAGAAGGAUGCUCGGCAGGGAGAUUUCAGUGCUGCCAGGUGGGCUGUCCUCCCCAAAAGCCUGUGGGGUCUCUCUCACCAGCCCACUGGCCACACACUCCUCACCAGGAGCUUGGAAUUGAACCCAAAUCCUUGCUGAUGAGGCCGAGGGAUCUUCUCCAGCCAAGACCCCAGCAUCCCACCCAAGGGACUGUCCCGUGGCGAUGCUGGGGCACUCCCAGAUGGUCUCCAUCCUCCCCAGAUAAGGACCACCCCAUCAUCAUCCUCACCUCCACCUCCCGGCCAGCAGAGCUCUGGUGGGGGUCCUGUCUCCCCCAUCUCAUCU